AAUUGUUCUUGAUCCAUGGCUGAUUUUAGCUCAUUUAUCCUUCCUCAAGAUAUUUCUCGGCUCAUGAUCACUGGUUCCACUGCUAUUGUUGUGCAUACAGGAAGUUUGGAUAUUUGGAGUCUGAUGUCUCCACCACUGCUGGUUACCGAAGAGGAAGGGCAGAGCAACACCUCAACAGUAGCAUCUGCAUCUUCACAGUCCUUGGACUGUUUCUCCCAAAAUGAGGCUGGAUUGAAAGAACGCAAUUACCUUGCAUUGUCAGAUUGCUCGUCAGUGGACAGUUCUACUGUUCCGAGCUUGUCUGAUGAGAAAAAGGAGAACCUGAAUUUGAAGGCUACUGAGUUGAGGCUGGGCCUUCCUGGAUCCCAGUCACCUGAAAGGGAUACAGAUCUUUUCUUGUUGAGCUUAGCAAAAAUGGAUGAGAAACCACUGUUCCCUUUGCUUCCUACAAAAGAUGGAAUCUGCUCAUUGUCCCAGAAAACUGUGGUUUCAGGCAACAAAAGAGGUUUUGCCGACACAAUGGAUGGGUUACAUGAGGGGAAGUUUCCUGGUAAUUCAGGGAUAAACAUAAUGCUAUCUCCUAGACCUGGAGCUCAGCCAACUACAAUGAAUGAAAUACCUAGCAAGGUGUUAGAAGAACGGUCUUGUGCAGCAAAUGGAACUGGCCAUAACUAUACAGGAGCUUCUAUCAGUGGUAGUGCACCAGCUUCUAAGGCACAAGUUGUUGGUUGGCCUCCGAUAAGGUCAUUUAGGAAAAACUCAUUGGUCACCACUUCAAAGAAUAAUGAUGAAGUAGAUGGAAAACCAGGUCCAGGUGCGCUCUUUGUCAAGGUCAGCAUGGAUGGUGCUCCCUAUCUUAGGAAGGUAGACCUACGAAAUUACACAACCUACCAGGACCUGUCUUCUGCCCUUGAGAAGAUGUUCAGCUGUUUUACCCUAGGUCAAUGUGGUUCCCAUGGACCGGGAAGAGAAAUGUUGAGUGAGAGCAAGCUGAAAGACCUGCUGCAUGGUUCAGAAUAUGUACUCACUUAUGAAGAUAAAGAUGGUGAUUGGAUGCUUGUAGGAGAUGUACCAUGGAAUAUGUUCAUUGACACAUGCAAAAGGCUGAAAAUCAUGAAGGGUUCUGAUGCCAUUGGCUUAGCGCCCAGGGCCAUGGAAAAAUCCAAGAGCAGGAGCUAGAUGGUAGUGGGACUGUUGUCUUGACAACGUUUUGUUUACUACCACAAAGUUGCCCUGAAUAGUGUCUUGGUCUUUGUGUUACAUUUGUUAUUACUUUAUUACCUUAUGAAGCUACCUUGAAGAUUGGUAUUUGUGGAGUCUGUAAUCUUUGUAGGAACCUGUUUGUUUGGUGGAGUUGAAGGCCGUUACAAUCAGCAUAUUGUUCUUAGUGAUUUGUUAUCCCUUAGUUUCCCCCUCUUUUAGCCCUUGAAAAGCAUUUUUUUUUCAUGCACUC